CAAUACAUUGCGCUGAAAAGCUUACACGCGUCCAAAGGUAAUGCAAUACGCCGCGGAAACAGAAGUGGUGGAUAUAUAACUGUGAAGCUCGUAGCUGACUGCACACUGACUUCAACGCUUGCAACCAUGAGAGUGGUAAUUAUUCUGUCUGUGGUAGCCGCUAUAGCGGCUGAGGCGCCUUACCAUCUUCCUCGACCGGCGCCGCAGUUACCGUCCUUCAACCUGCCGGCGGUGCAAGCUCCAACUCAGAUCAGACCUCAUCCACAACCUCAACAACUGCCGCAACCAACAUUCAAUCAACCACAAAAUAAUGGAUUCAACUAUCCACCACCGGUAAUACCAAACUACGUUCAAGCUGCUCCUGUGCCCCAGCAAUACAACCCACCAGCACCACAGCCCAUACAAUCUCAGCUACAUCCACAGGUACAGCCACAACCACAGCCACUACCAAUUUACUCACAUCCUCAAUCAAUCUACCCCCAACCUCAUCCAAUUUACUCGCAACCCCAACAGAACUUCCCUCAACCACAGCCAUCUUAUGGAGCACCCUUCCAACCACAACCCCAACAACAACCUAUAUUCGUUCAACCUCAGCCACAGCCUAUUUACACCCAACCUCAACCUCAGUACCAGCCGCAGCCUCAACAACUUCCUAAUCCAGGAUAUAAUUACCCGCAACCAAUUGCUCCCCAGCCGCAACCAAUUGCUCCCCAGCCGCAACCAAUUGCUCCUCAGCCGCAACCUAUUGCUCCUCACCCGCAACCAAUUAAUGCCCAGCCGCAACCAAUUGCUCCACAACCCCAGCCUAUCGCCCCACAACCCCAGACCGGUCCGUCUGGCUACUCAUACACGCAACCAGCCAUACAAUACACGGCGCAGCUGCCACUCCAAUCACAGACAUCCCACAACCAAGCAGUAUCCAGUUACCAAGCCGACUCUAAUCAAUACAACUCUAACGCCCAACAAUUUAGCAUCGCAUCCAACUAUCAAAGUGAUUUGAGCCAGUCAAAUACUCCUCAACAACAGCAAACCCAUCGCGAAGCUCUCGAUGACACCGUUGUUAGUCGUGUACAAAGUAUUAUUAAGGAUAACGAACACUCAUAUGCUAGAGAUAAGGGAUACUUAUCUUUAGUGUCAGGAGUCUCACUAGAGAACGCUCAACCCAGCAUUGAAAUAUCUUCAUUUGUGCAUAACUCUCGGGCGUCAUCCACCCAAAGUGCAAGUUCAGAUUCUUCAGCGCCUGCAGUAUCAGGACCGUCAGGUCCAUCCGCGCCAUCUACAGACUACGGGUUACCAUCUUCUGGAAGCCAAUCGACCGACUCGGGAAGUUUUGGCUUCUUGCCGCAAACAAAACCGGCUACAUCGUACGGUGUUCCAGGCAAGAAAUAGAUUAAGUUCUGAAUGAGACUCAACAUUGUAAAUAAACUUUUUUAUAAGAUGCUGUUAAAGUAUUAUAUUUAAA